AUGUGUAGUGAGAAAUGGCCAGCGCUCCUAGAGCCCCUGCUUGACAGGUUGGACCAUGUAUGCAACUUCAACUCCCUUCUCAUGGCAUUGGCUGGGUCACUAACAGCUAUGCAGAUAGUGCACAACGAAUUCCGGAUACCACAGAUACCGGUCUAUGCUUCCUUUGAAACCAUCCAAACCGUCCCCCUCAUGUCACAAUCGCAGCCCACCAGCGAGUCCCUGCCCAAUAGCAACAAGGAGAAUGCUCCUCCGUCCUUGGCCCAGUCACCGCAGCGGCCGCCUGUUCCAUCCUUCUCAUCCCAAACUUCGGCUUCUGUAGAUCGUAUACCGGACUCACAAAAUUCCCAGCCACUGUCGAAUGGGUUGCCUCCACCUCUUAUAGCGGAGUUGUCAUCGAUUAAAUACACAUUGAGAUCCUACUUUUCUCAAAAGCCCCCCCAUACAGUUCAACGCCUUGCAGAGCUUAUUCUGCGACCCACACAAAAUUAUAAAACCUUGCCAGCAUACCUACGAGCCGUGGAUAGAGUGGUUUCGGUGUCUAGCGGGGCAGACAUAUUUCCAUUACCAGUGUCCUUGCCAGCAGAUAAUAUACUUGAUGCAUCAUUGGCGAAUGGCGUCAAUGGGUCUACGAGUACUGCCUUCAUGCUGAAUGACAACUCCCUCGGCAGUGAUGAAUCUCUUGGAGGCGCAUUAUUAACCCCUAUUCCCUGGCUCAACAACUCUACACCAUCCUCAGAUGAUGACGAUAUAAUGCAAGAAGCUAGUGGACAAACACAAGCCGAAAACCCGCCAAACUCGAACCAGGCUCCUCAGCAGAUGGGGAAUGUCAACCAAGGACAAGCAACUCCUUCUGCAGGGGGCGAUGCCGAAACCGAUGCACCUCAUGUCCUUGAUCAUGAAAGUGAAGAAGUACCUCAUGCCCGUGGUCCUGAUGUGCUUGGCGUUCAGGAUCUUGGCCUGCAAAAUGGAAAGGGUGUUACAAUGUCGCUGGCUCGGUCUUCCCCACCACCUGGAUCAUCCGGGGAAGCUGCGCCUGCCGCGCAAGACGCGUCCGCUGAUAAUACAUUAGAUGAAGAUGCACCUGGAGAACCUGACGGUGAUGCAGAGGCUGAUGCAGAUGGUGACAUUGACAUCAUGGACACUGGACCAAAGGAUGGGUCAGGUCAGGAUGCUACCACCACUCCAGUAAACCCUGCGUCAGGGGCUGGAGAGGGAAACUAA